GGACCCGGGCGGGGUCCUAGCUGUGCGGCUGGGUAGCCUGGCGCGCGGUGUCCGCAGUCUGAGGUCGGCCGCCCGCGGCAGCGCAGAGCAGCGGGGCAGAGUGCGGCUCCCGCCCGCCCGCCCGGUGCGCCGGAGCUGGGACCAGCGACUGGACGCGACGGGCCGGCAGGCCCGCACCGCCUGGCCGCCGCGAUGUGCGACUGCUUCCACAUGGUGCUGCCUACCUGGCCCGGAACCCCCGGCAGCGUGUCUGGCCGACAGCUGCAGCCCAGGGAGCCAGAUGCAGAAACUGAAGAUGACCACUCUGUGACUGAAGGGCCUGCAGAUGAGGUCAUUCGACCACGGCCACAGGGGUCCUCACCUGUCUACGAAUACACGACUGAGGCUGCUGACUUUGGACUCCAGGAAGACGCUCCCGGCAGGCAAGGUUCCGCUGGGAGACGGAGAUCCUGGUGGAAGCGGGAUUCAGGGGACUCACGGACAUUUUUCAGGAUGAGUCGUCCAGAGUCCAUGCAGGAGGCAACAGAGGUGACGCUGAAGACAGAGGUGGAGGCGGGAGCCAGUGGCUACAGUGUCACAGGCGGUGGGGACAAGGGGAUCUUUGUCAAGCAAGUGCUGAAGGACUCCUCAGCUGCCAAGCUUUUCAACUUGAGAGAAGGGGAUCAGCUGCUCAGUGCAACCGUGUUCUUUGACAACAUAAAAUAUGAAGAUGCUCUCAAAAUCCUUCAGUACUCAGAGCCGUACAGGGUUCAGUUCAAAAUCAGACGGCAGCUCCCUGCUCCACAGGAUGAAGAGUGGGCCUCCAGCAAUGCCCAGCAUGGCCCACAGGGCAAGAAGGAGGACACGGAUGUCGCUGAUGGAUGCAGAGAGACUCCCGCGAAAACUCUGGAAGGAGAUGGGGACCAAGAGAGACUCAUCUCCAAACCCAGGGUGGGGAGAGGCAGGCAGACCCAGAGGGAGAGGCUCUCUUGGCCAAAAUUUCAAUCCAUAAAGAGCAAGCGGGGGCCGGGACCCCAGAGGUCACACAGCUUGUCAGAGGCCUACGAGCCCAGGGACGCACAUGACGUGUCCCCUACAAGCACAGACACAGAGGCCCAGCUCGCAGUGGAGCGCCAAGAGCAGAAGGCAGGGCCGGGCAGCCAGAGGAGGCGGAAGUUCCUCAACCUGAGAUUCAGGACAGGCUCGGGACAGGGCCCUUCAUCAACAGGAGAGCCAGGCAGGGGGUCCCAGAGAGGGGUGGGCCGUGCUGGGGUCCUGGAAGAGUUGGGGCCCUGGGGUGAUAGCCUUGAGGACACUGGGGCUGCCACAGGCAGCAGGAGAGAGGAGAGGGCAGAACAGGAUCGAGAAGUGACACAGUUGCCCACAGAGCUGGGUGACCCUAGAGCUUGUGAGGGAACCCCUGAGGAAGGGGGACUCAGGGCAGCCAGGUUCCACAGAAAGACCCUGGAGGGGCAGGCACAGGAGACAGCAGUGGCCCAGGGGAAGCCCAGGGCCCAGCCAACUCCUGGAAUGAGCUGGGAGGGUGAAGGUGAGGGACUGCAGAGCCUGGAAAUUGGGAUCGCCAGACUGUCCUUGAGAGACACAACCGAAGGAGGCACACAGAUCGGCCCACCCAAAAUUAGGGUGCGAGUACACGAUUUAAAGACACCAAAAUUCGCAUUUUCUACCGAAAAAGAGCCAGAAAGAGAAAGGCGCAUUAGUGCCCCACAGCGAGGGAAGAGACAGGACCUGUCCUCAAAAGUGGGUACUGGCCUGAAUGUUGAGGAGGUGGAAGGAGCAGGGUGGGAACCAGGCAGGGAACCAGCCACAUACGCAGAAGCACAAGAGGGUGAAGGAGAUGGAGAAGGACUACAGAGGACAAGGAUCACCCAGGAACAGUACAAGGUCGGGGAAGACAGAGAAGGACAGAUGAGAAUGCCCAAGUUCAAGAUACCAUCCUUAGGAUGGUCGCCAAGCAAGCAGGCAAAGACAGGGAGAGAAAAAGCCACACAAGACACAGAGCAGGAAAGGGCAGGAGAGGCCAUAGCAACAGCCGACAGAAGAGAACAGGGAGGCACGGAGGCAGGACUAAAAGAUAAGGAAGAUAGAGACUCAAUGACAAACGAAACAAAAUUACAAUUAACACAUGACCAAAAACCCUUGAAAAAGGAACAAAUUCUGAAAGAAAAGGAUGUGGCCACCAAAGACAGCAAGUUCAAAAUGCCCAAGUUCAAGAUGCCAUCCUUCGGAGUGUCGGCCCCAGGCAAGUCCAUCGAGACCUCGGUGGACAUGUCUGUGUCAAAGAUGGAGGCCGAUGUGAGCCUCCCCUCCAUGCAGGGGGAACUCAAGACCACUGACCUCAGCAUUCAGCCCCCUUCCGCUGACCUGGAGGUCCAGGCUGUCCAGGUGGAUAUGAAGCUCCCGGAGGGCCAUGUGCCCGAGGGAGCUGGCCUCAAAGGGCACCUGCCCAAUGUGGAGAUGCCAAGUUUGAAGAUGCCCAAAGUGGACCUCAAAGGCCCCCAGGUGGAUAUCAAGGGCCCCAAGCUGGACCUGAAAGGCCCCAAGGUGGAGGUGACGGCCCCCGACAUGGACGUGUCUCUGCCCAGCGUGGAGGUGGACAUCCAGGCCCCAGGAGCCAAGCUGGAUGGCGCACGACUGGAGGGGGACCUGUCCCUGGCUGACAAGGAUGUGACCGUGAAAGACAGCAAGUUCAAAAUGCCCAAGUUCAAGAUGCCGUCCUUUGGGGUGUCGGCCCCAGGCAAGUCCAUCGAGGCCUCGGUGGACGUGUCCGUGCCAAAGGUGGAGGCCAAUGUGAGCCUCCCCUCCAUGGAGGGGGACCUCAAGACCACUGACCUCAGCAUUCAGUCCCCUUCCGCCGAGCUGGAGGUACAGGCUGUCCAGGUGGACAUGAAGCUCCCUGAGGGCCACAUGCCCGAGGGAGCCAGCCUCAAAGGGCACCUGCCCAAGGUGCAUAUGCCCAGUUUGAAGAUGCCCAAAGUGGACCUCAAGGGCCCCCAGGUGGAUAUCAAGGGCCCCAAGCUGGACCUGAAGGGCCCCAAGGUGCAGGUGACGGCCCCUGACGUGGAGGUGUCCCGGCCCAGCAUGGAGGUGGAAAUCCAGGCCCUGGGAGCCAAGCUGGAUGAUGCCCAGCUGGAGGGGGAACUGUCCCUGGCCGACAAGGACGUGACCACCAAACACACCAAAUUCAAAAUGCCCAAGUUCAAGAUGCCAUCCUUCGGGGUGUCGGCCCCAGGCAAGUCCAUCGAGGCCUCGGUGGACGUGUCUGUGCCGAAGGUGGAGGCAGAUGUGAGCCUCCCCUCCAUGCAGGGGGACCUCAAGACCACUGACCUCAGCAUUCAGCCCCCUUCCGCUGACCUGGAGGUCCAGGCUGUCCAGGUGGACGUGACGAUCCCAGAAGGCCACAUGCCCGAAGGAGCUGGCCUCAAAGGGCACCUGCCCAAGGUGGAGAUGCCAAGUUUGAAGAUGCCCAAAGUAGACCUCAAAGGCCCCCAGGUGGAUAUCAAGGGACCCACGCUGGACCUGAAAGGCCCCAAGGCGGAGGUGACGGUCCCCGACGUGGAGGUGUCUCUUCCCAGCAUGGAGGUGGACAUCCAGGCCCCAGGAGCCAAGCUGGACGGCACACGGCUGGAGAGGGAACUGUCCCUGGCUGACAAGGAUGUGACUGUGAAAGACAGCAAGUUCAAAACGCCCAAGUUCAAGAUGCCGUCCUUCGGGGUGUCGGCCCCAGGCAAGUCCAUCGAGGCCUCAGUGGACGUGUCUGCGCCGAAGGUGGAGGCCGACGUGAGCCUCGUCUCCAUGCAGGGGGGUCUCAAGACCACGGACAUAAGCAUUCAGCCCCCUUCCGCCGACCUGGAAGUCCAGGCUGGCCAAGUGGACAUGACGCUCCCAGAGGCCCACGUGCCCGAGGGAGCUGGCGUCAAAGGGCACCUGCCCAAGGUGGAGAUGCCCAGUUUCAAGAUGCCCAAAGUGGACCUCAAGGGCCCCCAGGUGCACAUCAAGGGCCCCAAGCUGGACCUGAAAGGCCCCAAGGCGGAGGUGACGGCCCCUGAUGGGGAGAGGUCUCUGCCCAGCAUGGAGGUGGACAUCCAGGCCCCGGUGGCCAAGCUGGACGGUGCAGGGAUGGAAGGGGAACUGUCCCUAGCCAACAAGGAUGUGACUGCCAAAGACAGCAAGUUCAAAAUGCCCAAGUUCAAGAUGCCAUCCUUCGGGGUGUCUGCCCCAGGCAAGUCCAUCGAGGCCUCGGUGGAUGUGUCUGUGCCAAAGAUGGAGGCCAACGUGAGCCUCCCCUCCAUGCAGGGGGACCUCAAGACCACUGACUUCAGAAUUCAGCCCCCUUCCGCUGACGUGGAGGUCCAGGCUGUCCAGGUGGAUGUGAUGCUACCGGAAGGCCACAUGCCCGAGGGAGCCAGCCUCAAAGGGCACCUGCCCAAGGUGGAGAUGCCAAGUUUGAAGAUGCCCAAAGUGGAUCUCAAAGGGCCCCAGGUGGAUAUCAAGGGCCCCAAGCUGGACCUGAAAGGCCCCAAGGCGGAGGUGACAGCCCCCGAUGUGGAGGUGUCUCUGCCCAGCGUGCAGGUGGACCACCAGACCCCAGGAGUCAAGCUGGAUGGCGUGCGGCUGGAGGGGGACCUGUCCCUGGCCGACAAGGACGUGACCGCCAAAGACAGCAAAUUCAAAAUGCCUAAGUUCAAGAUGCCAUCGUUCGGGCUGCCCGCCCCAGGCAAGUCCAUGGAGGCCUCAGUGGACGUAUCUGUGCCGAAGGUGGAGGCCGACGUGAGCCUGUCCUCCAUGCAGGGGGACCUCAAAACCACUGACCUCAGCAUUCAGCCCUCUUCCGCCGACCUGGAGAUCCAGGCUGUCCAGGUGGAUAUGACGCUCCCGGAGGGCCGCCUGCCCGAGGGAGCUGGCGUCAAAGGGCACCUGCCCAAGGUGGAGAUGCCCAGUUUCAAGAUGCCCAAAGUGGACCUCAAGGGCCCCCAGGUGCACAUCAAGGGCCCCAAGCUGGACCUGAAAGGCCCCAAGGCGGAGGUGACGGCCCCCGACGUGGAGGUGUCUCUGCCCAUCAUGGAGGUGGACAUCCAGGCCCCGGCGACCAAGCUUGACGGUGCAGGGAUGGAGGGGGACCUGUCCCUAGCUGACAAGGACGUGACCGCCAAAGAUGGCAAGUUCAAAAUGCCCAAGUUCAAGAUGCCAUCCUUCGGGGUGUCGGCCCCAGGCAAGUCCAUCGAGGCCUCGGUGGACGUGUCCGUGCCAAAGGUGGAGGCCGACGCGAGCCUCCCCUCCAUGCAGGGGGACCUCAAGACCACUGACCUCAGCAUUCAGCCCCCUUCCGCUGACCUGGAGGUCCAGGCUGUCCGGGUGGACGUGACGCUCCCAGAAGGCCACGUGCCCGAAGGAGCUGGCCUCAAAGGGCACCUGCCCAAGGUGGAGAUGCCCAGUUUGAAGAUGCCCAAAGUGGACCUCAAAGGCCCCCAGGUGGACAUCAAGGGCCCCAAGCUGGACCUGAAAGGCUCCAAGGCGGAGGUGACGGCCCCCGACGUGGAGGUGUCUCUGCCCAGCAUGGAGGUGGACAUCCAGGCCCCGGGAGCCAAGCUGGACCACACGCGGAUGGAGGGGGACCUGUCCGUAGCCGACAAGGACUUGACCGCAAAAGACAGCAAGUUCAAAAUGCCCAAGUUCAAGAUGCCGUCCUUUGGGGUGUCGGCCCCAGGCAAGUCCAUCGAGGCCACGGUGGACGUGUCUGUGCCGAAGGUGGAGGCCGACGUGAGCCUCCCCUCCAUGCAGGGGGACCUCAAGACCACUGACCUCAGCAUUGAGCCCCCAUCCGCUGAGCUGGAGGUCCAGGCUGUCCAGGUGGACGUGAAGCUCCCGGAGGGCCACGUGCCCGAGGGUGCUGGCCUCAAAGGGCACCUACCCAAGGUGCAGAUGCCCAGUUUCAAGAUGCCCAAAGUGGACGUCAAGGGCCCCAAGCUGGACCUGAAAGGCCCCAAGGCGGAGGUGAUGACCCCUGACGUGGAUGUGUCUCUGCCCAGCGUGGAGGUGGACAUCCAGGCCCCAGGAGCCAAGCUGGACGGCGCACGGCUGGAGGGGGAACUGUCCCUGGCUGACAAGGAUGUGACCGCGAAAGACAGCAAGUUCAAAAUGCCCAAGUUCAAGAUGCCGUCCUUUGGGGUGUCGGCCCCAGGCAAGUCCAUCGAGGCCUCGGUGGACGUGUCUGCGCCGAAGGUGGAGGCCGACGUGAGCCUCGUCUCCAUGCAGGGGGGUCUCAAGACCACGGACAUAAGCAUUCAGCCCCCUUCUGCCGACCUGGAAGUCCAGGCUGGCCAAGUGGACAUGACGCUCCCAGAGGCCCACCUGCCCGAGGGAGCCGGCGUCAAAGGGCACCUGCCCAAGGUGGAGAUGCCCAGUUUCAAGAUGCCCAAAGUGGACCUCAAAGGCCCCCAGGUGCACAUCAAGGGUCCCAAGCUGGACCUGAAAGGCCCCAAGGCGGAGGUGACGGCCCCCGACGUGGAGGUGUCUCUGCCCAGCGUGGAGGUGGACGUCCAGGCCCCAGGAGUCAAGCUGGAUGAUGCACGACUGGAGGGGGAACUGUCCCUGGCCGACAAGGACGUGUCCACGAAACACAGCAAGUUCAAAAUGCCCAAGUUCAAGAUGCCAUCCUUCGGAGUGUCGGCCCCAGGCAAGUCCAUCGAGGCCUCGGUGGACAUGUCUGUGCCGAAGGUGGAGGCAGAUGUGAGCCUCCCCUCCAUGCAGGGGGACCUCGAGACCACAGACCUCAGCAUUCAGCCCCCUUCUGCUCACCUGGAGGUCCAGGCUGUCCAGGUGGACGUGACGCUCCCUGAAGGCCAUGUGCCCGAGGGAGCUGGCCUCAAAGGGCACCUACCUAAGAUGGAGAUGCCCAGUUUCAAGAUGCCCAAAGUGGACCUCAAAGGCCCCCAGGUGGAUAUCAAGGGCCCCAAGCUGGACUUGAAAGGCCCCAAGGCAGAGGUGACGGCCCCCGACGUGGAGGUGUCUCUGCCCAGCGUGGAGGUGGAUGUCCAGGCCCCAGGAGUCAAACUGGAUGGCGCGUGGCUGGAGGGGGACCUAUCCCUGGCUGACAAGGACGUGACCGCCAAAGACAGCAAAUUCAAAAUGCCCAAGUUCAAGAUGCCAUCGUUCGGGCUGUCCGCCCCAGGCAAGUCCAUGGAGGCCUCAGUUGACCUGUCUGCGCCGAAGGUGGAGGCCGACGUGAGCCUCCCCUCCAUGCAGGGGGACCUCAAGACCACGGACCUCAGCAUUCAGCCCCCAUCCGCUGACCUGGAAGUCCAGGCUGUACAGGUGGACAUGACGCUCCUGGAGGGCCACUUGCCCGAGGGAGCCGGCGUCAAAGGGCACCUGCCCAAGGUGCAGAUGCCCAGUUUGAAGAUGCCCAAAGUGGACCUCAAAGGCCCCCAGGUGGAUGUCAAGGGCCCCAAGCUGGACCUGAAAGGCCCCAAGGCGGAGGUGACGGCCCCCGACGUGGAGGUGUCUCUGCCCAGCAUGGAGGUGGACAUCCAGGCCCCGGGAGCCAAGCUGGACCACACGCGGAUGGAGGGGGACCUGUCCGUAGCCGACAAGGACUUGACCGCAAAAGACAGCAAGUUCAAAAUGCCCAAGUUCAAGAUGCCGUCCUUUGGGGUGUCGGCCCCAGGCAAGUCCAUCGAGGCCACGGUGGACGUGUCUGCGCCGAAGGUGGAGGCCGACGUGAGCCUCCCCUCCAUGCAGGGGGACCUCAAGACCACUGACCUCAGCAUUGAGCCCCCAUCCGCUGAGCUGGAGGUCCAGGCUGUCCAGGUGGACGUGAAGCUCCCGGAGGGCCACGUGCCCGAGGGUGCUGGCCUCAAAGGGCACCUACCCAAGGUGCAGAUGCCCAGUUUCAAGAUGCCCAAAGUGGACGUCAAGGGCCCCAAGCUGGACCUGAAAGGCCCCAAGGCGGAGGUGAUGACCCCUGACGUGGAUGUGUCUCUGCCCAGCGUGGAGGUGGACAUCCAGGCCCCAGGAGCCAAGCUGGACGGCGCACGGCUGGAGGGGGAACUGUCCCUGGCUGACAAGGAUGUGACCGCGAAAGACAGCAAGUUCAAAAUGCCCAAGUUCAAGAUGCCGUCCUUUGGGGUGUCGGCCCCAGGCAAGUCCAUCGAGGCCUCGGUGGACGUGUCUGCGCCGAAGGUGGAGGCCGACGUGAGCCUCGUCUCCAUGCAGGGGGGUCUCAAGACCACGGACAUAAGCAUUCAGCCCCCUUCUGCCGACCUGGAAGUCCAGGCUGGCCAAGUGGACAUGACGCUCCCAGAGGCCCACCUGCCCGAGGGAGCCGGCGUCAAAGGGCACCUGCCCAAGGUGGAGAUGCCCAGUUUCAAGAUGCCCAAAGUGGACCUGAAGGGCCCCCAGGUGCACAUCAAGGGUUCCAAGCUGGACCUGAAAGGCCCCAAGGCGGAGGUGACGGCCCCUGACGUGGAGGUGUCUCUGCCCAGCGUGGAGGUGGACGUCCAGGCCCCAGGAGUCAAGCUGGAUGAUGCACGACUGGAGGGGGAACUGUCCCUGGCCGACAAGGACGUGUCCACAAAACACAGCAAGUUCAAAAUGCCCAAGUUCAAGAUGCCAUCCUUCGGAGUGUCGGCCCCAGGCAAGUCCAUCGAGGCCUCGGUGGACAUGUCUGUGCCGAAGGUGGAGGCAGAUGUGAGCCUCCCCUCCAUGCAGGGGGACCUCGAGACCACAGACCUCAGCAUUCAGCCCCCUUCUGCUCACCUGGAGGUCCAGGCUGUCCAGGUGGACGUGACGCUCCCUGAAGGCCAUGUGCCUGAGGGAGCUGGCCUCAAAGGGCACCUACCUAAGAUGGAGAUGCCCAGUUUCAAGAUGCCCAAAGUGGACCUCAAAGGCCCCCAGGUGGAUAUCAAGGGCCCCAAGCUGGACCUGAAAGGCCCCAAGGCAGAGGUGACGGCCCCCGACGUGGAGGUGUCUCUGCCCAGCGUGGAGGUGGAUGUCCAGGCCCCAGGAGUCAAACUGGAUGGCGCGCGGCUGGAGGGGGACCUAUCCCUGGCUGACAAGGACGUGACCGCCAAAGACAGCAAAUUCAAAAUGCCCAAGUUCAAGAUGCCAUCCUUUGGGGUGUCCGCCCCAGGCAAGUCCAUGGAGGCCUCAGUUGACCUGUCUGCACCGAAGGUGGAGGCCGACGUGAGCCUCCCCUCCAUGCAGGGGGACCUCAAGACCACGGACCUCAGCAUUCAGCCCCCAUCCGCCGACCUGGAAGUCCAGGCUGUACAGGUGGACAUGACGCUCCUGGAGGGCCACUUGCCCGAGGGAGCCGGCGUCAAAGGGCACCUGCCCAAGGUGCAGAUGCCCAGUUUGAAGAUGCCCAAAGUGGACCUCAAAGGCCCCCAGGUGGAUAUCAAGGGCCCCAAGCUGGACCUGAAAGGCCCCAAGGCGGAGGUGACGGCCCUCGACGUGGAGGUGUCUCUGCCCAGCAUGGAGGUGGACAUCCAGGCCCCGGGAGCCAAGCUGGACCACACGCGGAUGGAGGGGGACCUGUCCGUAGCCGACAAGGACUUGACCGCAAAAGACAGCAAGUUCAAAAUGCCCAAGUUCAAGAUGCCGUCCUUUGGGGUGUCGGCCCCAGGCAAGUCCAUCGAGGCCACGGUGGACGUGUCUGCGCCGAAGGUGGAGGCCGACGUGAGCCUCCCCUCCAUGCAGGGGGACCUCAAGACCACUGACCUCAGCAUUGAGCCCCCAUCCGCUGAGCUGGAGGUCCAGGCUGUCCAGGUGGACGUGAAGCUCCCGGAGGGCCACGUGCCCGAGGGUGCUGGCCUCAAAGGGCACCUGCCCAAGGUGCAGAUGCCCAGUUUCAAGAUGCCCAAAGUGGACGUCAAGGGCCCCAAGCUGGACCUGAAAGGCCCCAAGGCGGAGGUGAUGACCCCUGACGUGGAUGUGUCUCUGCCCAGCGUGGAGGUGGACAUCCAGGCCCCAGGAGCCAAGCUGGACGGCGCACGGCUGGAGGGGGAACUGUCCCUGGCUGACAAGGAUGUGACCGCGAAAGACAGCAAGUUCAAAAUGCCCAAGUUCAAGAUGCCGUCCUUUGGGGUGUCGGCCCCAGGCAAGUCCAUCGAGGCCUCGGUGGACGUGUCUGCGCCGAAGGUGGAGGCCGACGUGAGCCUCGUCUCCAUGCAGGGGGGUCUCAAGACCACGGACAUAAGCAUUCAGCCCCCUUCUGCCGACCUGGAAGUCCAGGCUGGCCAAGUGGACAUGACGCUCCCAGAGGCCCACCUGCCCGAGGGAGCCGGCGUCAAAGGGCACCUGCCCAAGGUGGAGAUGCCCAGUUUCAAGAUGCCCAAAGUGGACCUCAAAGGCCCCCAGGUGCACAUCAAGGGUCCCAAGCUGGACCUGAAAGGCCCCAAGGCGGAGGUGACGGCCCCCGACGUGGAGGUGUCUCUGCCCAGCGUGGAGGUGGACGUCCAGGCCCCAGGAGUCAAGCUGGAUGAUGCACGACUGGAGGGGGAACUGUCCCUGGCCGACAAGGACGUGUCCACAAAACACAGCAAGUUCAAAAUGCCCAAGUUCAAGAUGCCAUCCUUCGGAGUGUUGGCCCCAGGCAAGUCCAUCGAGGCCUCGGUGGACAUGUCUGUGCCGAAGGUGGAGGCAGAUGUGAGCCUCCCCUCCAUGCAGGGGGACCUCGAGACCACAGACCUCAGCAUUCAGCCCCCUUCUGCUCACCUGGAGGUCCAGGCUGUCCAGGUGGACGUGACGCUCCCUGAAGGCCAUGUGCCCGAGGGAGCUGGCCUCAAAGGGCACCUACCUAAGAUGGAGAUGCCCAGUUUCAAGAUGCCCAAAGUGGACCUCAAAGGCCCCCAGGUGGAUAUCAAGGGCCCCAAGCUGGACCUGAAAGGCCCCAAGGCAGAGGUGACGGCCCCCGACGUGGAGGUGUCUCUGCCCAGCGUGGAGGUGGAUGUCCAGGCCCCAGGAGUCAAACUGGAUGGCGCGCGGCUGGAGGGGGACCUAUCCCUGGCUGACAAGGACGUGACCGCCAAAGACAGCAAAUUCAAAAUGCCCAAGUUCAAGAUGCCAUCGUUCGGGCUGUCCGCCCCAGGCAAGUCCAUGGAGGCCUCAGUUGACCUGUCUGCGCCGAAGGUGGAGGCCGACGUGAGCCUCCCCUCCAUGCAGGGGGACCUCAAGACCACGGACCUCAGCAUUCAGCCCCCAUCCGCCGACCUGGAAGUCCAGGCUGUACAGGUGGACAUGACGCUCCUGGAGGGCCACUUGCCCGAGGGAGCCGGCAUCAAAGGGCACCUGCCCAAGGUGCAGAUGCCCAGUUUGAAGAUGCCCAAAGUGGACCUCAAAGGCCCCCAGGUGGAUGUCAAGGGCCCCAAGCUGGACCUGAAAGGCCCCAAGGCGGAGGUGACGGCCCCCGACGUGGAGGUGUCUCUGCCCAGCAUGGAGGUGGACAUCCAGGCCCCGGUAGCCAAGCUGGACCACACGCGGAUGGAGGGGGACCUGUCCGUAGCCGACAAGGACUUGACCGCAAAAGACAGCAAGUUCAAAAUGCCCAAGUUCAAGAUGCCGUCCUUUGGGGUGUCAGCCCCAGGCAAGUCCAUCGAGGCCACGGUGGACGUGUCUGCGCCGAAGGUGGAGGCCGACGUGAGCCUCCCCUCCAUGCAGGGGGACCUCAAGACCACUGACCUCAGCAUUGAGCCCCCAUCCGCUGAGCUGGAGGUCCAGGCUGUCCAGGUGGACGUGAAGCUCCCGGAGGGCCACGUGCCCGAGGGUGCUGGCCUCAAAGGGCACCUACCCAAGGUGCAGAUGCCCAGUUUCAAGAUGCCCAAAGUGGACGUCAAGGGCCCCAAGCUGGACCUGAAAGGCCCCAAGGCGGAGGUGAUGACCCCUGACGUGGAUGUGUCUCUGCCCAGCGUGGAGGUGGAUAUCCAGGCCCCAGGAGCCAAGCUGGACGGCGCACGGCUGGAGGGGGAACUGUCCCUGGCUGACAAGGAUGUGACCGCGAAAGACAGCAAGUUCAAAAUGCCCAAGUUCAAGAUGCCGUCCUUUGGGGUGUCGGCCCCAGGCAAGUCCAUCGAGGCCUCGGUGGACGUGUCUGCGCCGAAGGUGGAGGCCGACGUGAGCCUCGUCUCCAUGCAGGGGGGUCUCAAGACCACGGACAUAAGCAUUCAGCCCCCUUCUGCCGACCUGGAAGUCCAGGCUGGCCAAGUGGACAUGACGCUCCCAGAGGCCCACCUGCCCGAGGGAGCCGGCGUCAAAGGGCACCUGCCCAAGGUGGAGAUGCCCAGUUUCAAGAUGCCCAAAGUGGACCUGAAGGGCCCCCAGGUGCACAUCAAGGGUUCCAAGCUGGACCUGAAAGGCCCCAAGGCGGAGGUGACGGCCCCUGACGUGGAGGUGUCUCUGCCCAGCGUGGAGGUGGACGUCCAGGCCCCAGGAGCCAAGCUGGAUGAUGCACGACUGGAGGGGGAACUGUCCCUGGCCGACAAGGACGUGUCCACCAAACACAGCAAGUUCAAAAUGCCCAAGUUCAAGAUGCCAUCCUUCGGAGUGUCGGCCCCAGGCAAGUCCAUCGAGGCCUCUAUGGACAUGUCUGUGCCGAAGGUGGAGGCAGAUGUGAGCCUCCCCUCCAUGCAGGGGGACCUCGAGACCACAGACCUCAGCAUUCAGCCCCCUUCUGCUCACCUGGAGGUCCAGGCUGUCCAGGUGGACGUGACGCUCCCUGAAGGCCAUGUGCCCGAGGGAGCUGGCCUCAAAGGGCACCUACCUAAGAUGGAGAUGCCCAGUUUGAAGAUGCCCAAAGUAGACCUCAAAGGCCCCCAGGUGGAUAUCAAGGGCCCCAAGCUGGACUUGAAAGGCCCCAAGGCAGAGGUGACGGCCCCCGAUGUGGAGGUGUCUCUGCCCAGCGUGGAGGUGGAUGUCCAGGCCCCAGGAGUCAAACUGGAUGGCGCGCGGCUGGAGGGGGACCUAUCCCUGGCUGACAAGGACGUGAACGCCAAAGACAGCAAAUUCAAAAUGCCCAAGUUCAAGAUGCCAUCCUUUGGGGUGUCAGCCCCAGGCAAGUCCAUCGAGGCCUCGGUGGACGUGUGUGUGCCGAAGGUGGAGGCCGACGUGAGCCUCCCCUCCAUGCAGGGGGACCUCAAGACCACGGACCUCAGCAUUCAGCCCCCAUCCGCCGACCUGGAAGUCCAGGCUGUACAGGUGGACAUGACGCUCCCAGAGGGCCACUUGCCCGAGGGAGCCGGCGUCAAAGGGCACCUGCCCAAGGUGCAGAUGCCCAGUUUGAAGAUGCCCAAAGUGGACCUCAAAGGCCCCCAGGUGGAUAUCAAGGGCUCCAAGCUGGACCUGAAAGGCCCCAAGGCAGAGGUGACGGCCCCUGACGUGGAGGUGUCUCUGCCCAGCGUGGAGGUGGAUGUCCAGGCCCCAGGAGUCAAACUGGAUGGCGCGCGGCUGGAGGGGGACCUAUCCCUGGCUGACAAGGACGUGACCGCCAAAGACAGCAAAUUCAAAAUGCCCAAGUUCAAGAUGCCAUCGUUCGGGCUGUCCGCCCCAGGCAAGUCCAUGGAGGCCUCGGUGGACGUGUCUGUGCCGAAGCUGGAGGCCGACGUGAGCCUGCCUUCCAUGCAGGGUGACCUCAAGACCACUGACCUCAGCAUUCAGUCCCCUUCCGCCGAGCUGGAGGUACAGGCUGUCCAGGUGGACAUGAAGCUCCCUGAGGGCCACAUGCCCGAGGGAGCCAGCCUCAAAGGGCACCUGCCCAAGGUGCAGAUGCCCAGUUUCAAGAUGCCCAAGGUAGACCUCAAGGGCCCCCAGGUGGAUGUCAAGGGCCCCAAGUUGGACCUGAAAGGCCCUAAGGCAGAGGUGACGGUCCCCGACGUGGAGGUGUCUCUGCCCAGCACGGAGGUGGACAUCCAGGCCCCAGGAGCGAUGUUUCACGGCGCGGGGCUAGAGGGGGACCUGUCCCUGGUCCACGAGGAUUUAGCUGCAAAAGACAACAAGUUUCAAGUGCAAAAACUGAGCACGUCUGGUGCUGAAUGGUCGUCAAAGAAAAUUUCCAUGUCAUCCUCUGAAAUCAAAGGAAAUGUUACAUUCCGUGAGAAGACUUCAGCAUUUCCCAUUGUGGAGUCUGUUGUUCGUGAAGGUGAUCUUCAUGAUCCAUCACGCGACAGUAACCUGGGGCUUGCUGUUGGAGAAGCUGGAGUGGAUUCGAAGUUUAAGAAACUGCAUUUUAAAAUGCCCAAAGUUUCAUUUUCUUCUGCCAAAACUGCUAAAGAUAGUUUAGUCUCAGGUGCAGAAUCUGGCGUAGGUCUUUCCACGAUUCCCUUAUCAUCUUCAGAAUCCUCAAGUUGUGAAUUACAGCAGGUUUCGGGUGGUUCAGAGCCAUCCAUGCAGAUGCCUGAGGUUGGUUUGACUGGGUUUCCAUCAUCCCGGAUUGAUCUCACUGGUCCUCACUUUGAAUCUUCUAUUCUCUCUCCCUGUGAGGGUGUUACACUUACAAAAUACCAGGUGACCGUUCCCAGAGCUGCCUUGGCCCCUGAGCUUGCUCUGGAAAUUCCUUCUGGGUCUCAGGCUGAGUUUCCUCUUCCCAAAACAGAGUGCUCUGCUGACCUGCAACCUCCAGAGGGAGUUCCAAUAUCUGAAACGGAAAGUCACUCUGGUCCACUGAAUUCCAUGAUUCCUGUUUCUCUUGGUCAGGUGUCUUUUCCUAAAUUCUAUAAACCAAAGUUUGUGUUUUCAGCUCCCCAAAUGUCAGUUCCUGAGGGAGACUUACAUGCAGCAGCGGGUGCCCCAGUCAUGUCUCCUCUUAGCCCUGGAGAGGGAGUGCAGUGCCCCUUGCCAAGCACCCAUCUGCCAUCCCCAGGCACCUCUGUGUCCCAGGGCCCGGAAGAGCUUGUGGCCUCCUUGCAGACAUCAGUAGCGGUCCCCGGAGAAGCCCCUUCUGAAGAUACUGACCACGAAGGGAAAGGGAGUCCCUUCAAAAUGCCUAAGAUUAAGCUUCCAUCAUUUAGGUGGUCCCCGAAGAAGGAAGCAGGGCCAAAGGUGGACCCAGAAUGCAGCGUGGAGGACUCAAAACUCAGCCUGGUUUUAGACAAGGAUGAAGUGGCCCCAAAGUCUGCCAUGCACAUAGAUCUGCCUCCUGAGAGGGAUGGAGAGAAGGAAAGGAGCACAAAGCCUGGCUUCGCCAUGCCAAAACUUGCACUACCCAAAAUGAAGGCUUCUAAGAGUGGGGUCAGCCUGCCACAGAUAGACAUGGAUCCUUCUCUUUCUAGUGUCACAGCAGGGGGUAGCUUUCAAGACACAGAAAAGGCCAGCACUGACGGUGGUGGGGGAGGACUUGGUGCAACAGCAAGUGCCACAGAAGGUGAGGAUGUGAACCUCCCCUGUCCACAGGUCCGCAUUCCCAGUUUGGGCUUUGCCAAACCUGAUCUCAGAUCCUCCAAGGCCAAGGGGCAGGUGAGCCAGUCUGAAGCUGACCUGCCUCUUCCCAAACAUGGUCUGUCUACCGAAGGUGACAGCAAAGGAUGUGGGCUCGGCGAUGUCCCAGCAAGCCAGCCUUGUGGGGAGGGGAUAGCUCCCACACCUGAAGACCCCCUCCAGCCAUCCUGUAGAAAACCAGAUGCUGAAGUCCCCACAGUGGAAAGCCCAGAGGAGGAAGCCACGACCAGGGACUCUCAGGAAAGCUGGUUUAAAAUGCCCAAGUUCCGCAUGCCCAGCCUUAGGCGCUCUUCCAGGGACAGAGGCGGGGCUGGAAAGCUGGAAGUGGCUCAGACACAGGCACCGGCAGCAACAGGGGAUGAAGCAGCAGCUAGAAUCAAAGAGUUCCUUGUUUCUGGGUCAAACAUGGAGGCAAGUAUGUCCCUACAGCUCCCAGAGGCAGAUGCAGAAGUGACAGCUUCUGAGAGCAAAUCAUCCACAGAUGUUCUAAGGUGUGAUCUUGACAGCACAGGCUUGAAGCUGCACCUUUCCACUGCUGAGAUGACCGGGGAUGAGCUUUCCACUUCUGAGGUCAGGAUCCAUCCAACCAAAGGACCUCUCCCUUUUCAGAUGCCUGGCAUGAGGCUUCCAGAAACCCAGGUUCUUCCAGGAGAAAUACAUGAGACUCCUCUUUCCAAGCCAGGACAUGACCUUGCCAGCAUGGAGGAUAAAACAGAGACAUGGUCAUCCCAGCCUGAAGGUCCACUUAAACUGAAAGCUUCAAGUACUGAUAUGCCAUCCCACGUUUCUGUGGUUAAUAUGGAUCAACUGUGGGAAGAUUCUGUACUAACUGUCAAAUUCCCCAAAUUAAAGGUACCGAGGUUCUCCUUCCCUGCCCCCAGCUCAGAGGAUGACGUGUUCAUCCCCACUGUGAGGGAAGUGCAGUGUCCAGAGGCAAAUAUUGACAUAGCCCUUUGUAAGGAAAGUCCAGGGCUCUGGGGAGCCAGCAUCCUGAAGGCAGGUGCUGGGGUCCCCAGGGAGCAGCCUGUGGAGCUUAACCUGCCUUUGGAAGCUUCCCCAAUUUCAAAGGUUAGAGUGCAUAUUCAGGGUGCUCAGGUUGAAAGUCAAGAAGUCACUAUACACAGCAUAGUGACACCAGAGUUUGUAGAUCUCUCAGCACCCAGGGCUUUUUCCACUCAGAUUGUGCGGGAAUCAGAGAUCCCUGCAUCAGAGAUUCAAACACCUUCAUAUGGAUUUUCCUUAUUAAAGGUGAAAAUCCCAGAGCCCCGCACGCAGGCUACAGUGUACACAACAGUGACUCAGCACUCUAGGACUCAGGAGGGUGCAGAAGAGGCUCCCACACAAGCUGCCCCAGGAGCAGACUCCAUUUCUGGAGAUCUCCAGCCUGACACUGGAGAACCAUUUGAGAUGAUCUCUUCCAGCGUCAAUGUACUGGGACAGCAAACACUCACAUUUGAACUUCCUUCUGGCCAUCAGCUUGCAGACAGCUGUUCAGAUGAGGAGCCAGCAGAAAUUCUUGAGUUUCCCCCUGAUGAUAGCCAAGAGGCAACCACACCACUGGUGGAUGAAGGCAGGGCUCCAAAAGAGAAACCAGAAAGUAAAAAAUCUGGUCUGCUCUGGUUUUGGCUUCCAAAUAUUGGGUUUUCCUCUUCUGUUGAUGAGACAGGUGUCGAUUCCAAAAAUGACAUCCAGAGAUCUGCUCCUAUUCAAACACAGCCUGAGGCACGACCAGAGGCAGAACUGCCUAAAAAACAGGAGAAGGCAGGCUGGUUCCGAUUUCCCAAAUUAGGGUUCUCCUCAUCUCCUACCAAGAAAAGCAAAAGCACCGAAGAUGAGGCAGAGCUGGAAGAACAAAAACUUCAAGAAGAAACAAUCACCUUUUUUGAUGCCCAAGAAAGUUUCUCCCCUGAAGAGAAGGAAGAGGGUGAACUGGUCGGGCCUGUGAGCACUGGGCUGGACUCCGGAGUGACAGUGACAUCUGCGGCAAGAACAGAGUUAAUCCUGCUAGAGCAGAACAAAAAAGCUGAUGAUGUAGGCAAAGGCUCAGUCCUGUGACCAAAUGAAGGCUGAGAGCUAUGGCUCAUCAGCAUAAGAGAGAUGCAAAAACUAAGUUGGAAAGUAAAGGCUACACACACAUAUGGAGCACCCCAUCCCACAGCACAUUACAUCCACCUCACUUCACAGAACUGAGAACAGAGCAGAAAUGACCAGAACACCUUUGUCACCAUCACACUGCCCUCCUAAAAUGGAACCAAAGCUUUGGAUGCAAAGAAGGCACCCUGACUUCCCACAAGACACCAGAAUUCACACGGUACUCAGAGGCAUUGCUGGGAAAGUUUGUUGGUCUUUAUUAGAAAAAGUUCAAGAGACCUGUCCAUAAUACCCAACAGAACAUGAGUGUUUCUUUGAGGAAAGGGUUCUAAUGUCUGUGGUGUACGAGUAGUUUUUGGUAUAACUUCUUUCCUGCUGCUGCUGCUUCCUGGCAAACAUAGUUUUCCUAUUUCAGGCAGAGUGCGGUAUAUUCCAGGAGACGCUGUUUCCUUCUCUCUUAGCUUACUUCUUUGUUGAAUUCUCACUAAUGGCAAGCUUCAAGAUGUUUUGUGUGACAAUACACACGUGCUAGGCAGAAGGGUGAUGGCGUCCAGUGGCUGGCAGCCGGGCCAGCAGAAGCCAGGACAUCUGUGAGUUGUCAUUCUCAUCUAUCCAUGUCCACUUGCUUGCCAGCAUCCACCAGUGCCUUGCCAGCGUGCACGGUCCCACACUGUGGCCCCUGAGUCUCCUAAUGUACAUGCUGCAGCCAGAAUGCAGAUGGAGCUGGCUUGGCUGUUCCCUGGAUGGGCAAUAAAGAAAGUGCUGCAUCCCA